GGACACUCGCCAAGGCUUCACAGAUUGUCUUUAUCACCAAAUGCAAGAAGCAAACAUCCGUGUUUUCCUCGACGAGGAAGAGCUCCACGUUGGUAAAGAAAUAGCUGAUGAACUACCGGUGGCCAUUGAAAAGUCGAAGAUCUACAUACCCAUCUUUUCUAAAGGUUAUGCUUCGAGCGCGUGGUGCCUUCGCGAGCUUGCACACAUGGUGGAUUGCAAGAAAUCCAAACCAUCUGAGAAGGAGAUUAUGCCAAUUUUCUACGACGUUAAGCCUCGCGAUGUUAAGCUUAAGUCUCAACGGUACGUCAGCGCUUUGGAGGAGCAUGAAGAGAAGUUCGGUCGCGAGACGAGGCAAAAGUGGGAGGAUGCCCUCAAAAGUGUAGCCCAAAUCAAAGGAUGGGAGUUGAAAAAGCAAGGGCAUUGGAAAUUCAUUCAAUCGGUGCUACAAGAGAUUGUGAUGAAGAUGAAGACAAAAGACAAAUAUGUUACCGAGCAUUUAGUUGGAAUGGACGAUCCAAAGGAGGCCGUUCGAAGUUGUUGGACAUGGACUCCGGGGCUUGCGCUUUGUCCAGACAAGCUGAAGAUUAGCUACAAUGCCUUGAAUCAUGAGCAACAACAGAUUUUUCUCGACAUCGCAUGUCUCUUUGUGGACAAGGACAAGACAAAUGCACUCUACAUGUGGAAGGAUUGUGGGUUUAGGCCGGAUCAUUCAAUUCAAGUCCUUGUUUGUAUGUCCUUAAUAAAGAUAACCGAUCACAACAAAUUCUGGAUGCACGACCAACCGAGAGAUCUCGGAAGGAAAAUUGUUCAUGGAGAUACGAGACCAACCAAUCCAAGAAAGCAAAGCAGGUUAUGGGAUCUUGAGACGGCCGAUAAUAUCAUAGGAACGAAAGAGAGAAAGAAGCACAUUGAAGCAAUCUGCUUAUGGGAAACACGAGUUUAUACAAGCAAAGAGUUUUCAAGGCUUCCAAACAUAAGGUUCCUCAUGUUAGUGGGGGGGAAUUUUAGUGGAGACUUUGAGAAUCAUUUUUCAGAGUUAAGAUACAUGACCCGCACAGGGGUCUCUCGAGAGUUCUUGGCCAUCAAUUUCCAUCCAAGCAAUCUUGUAGUUCUUGAACUGAGCUAUAGCUCAAUCACAGAGGAAUGGGCUGGAUGGAGUCAAUUCAAGGUUGCUAAAAAGCUUAAAGUUUUGGAUAUCUCACAUUGUAGCAACAUGACCAGGACUCCAAACUUCUCCGAUUAUUUGAGUUUAGAGAGAUUGAACCUUGAGGAUUGUAAAAAACUAACUGAAGUUGAUGGUUCCCUCAAAAGCUUAAGUUCCAGAAUCCUUUAUCAUUCCAAGAUGAUCAAUGCCAACUGUCCCUUGGGGUGGAAGGAAGUUCAACUCGAUAGGCUUGAACAGUUGGUUGAAUUUGACGUGGAUGACUUAGACCUUGAGGGAUUUUCUGGUCUUUCGAAUUUGAAGAGGUUGAAGCGGUUGACGCUGUACGAGUGUCAAAAUCUUACUGCCAUCCAAGGUCUUGGUUCAUUGGACUCGUUGGAGCAAUUGGAUAUAAGCAUCUGUCCUAAAAUUGGAAGUUUAGAUGAUCUAUCGAAUUUGAAAAAGCUGAAGUCCUUGAGGAUUUCCAAUUGUGAAGUGCUUCAAGCAGUUAAGGGCUUGGAUGAACUAGAGACUCUCGCAACAUUGGACUUAGUCAAUUGCGAUCAUUGA